GUGUGUGUGUGUGUGUGUGUGUGUGUGUGUGUGUGUGUGUGUGUGUGUGUGUGUGUGUGUGUGUGAGAGAGCGAGAGAAGAGUCAGCUGGUCGGAAAGUACAGGUUGAGAUCAACGUAUGUGUGCGUGUGUGAGCGUGCAAGGAAAGCACUUCGGGGGGACAAGGUGAGGACAAUAGACCAGCGGACAGAGUUUUUGGGGGAAGCAGUUUGUGUGGAGAUCCAGACGAGGACAGUCGAAGCGCGCCGGGUGCUACUCCGUCGUGAGUCCUGGAGACGAUUCUUGAGCUGCGUCCUGCCCUAUGAUUAACGGCGCUGGUGAGACCAGAGGGUGUCAUCCUGUACAGAGGGAAUACUGAAGGAACACCAUGGCCUUAGCAGGAUGCCCUGACUACUUCUUACGUCACUCAAACUACCAGGAAAGCAUGGAGCGCACUUCUUCUCGCAGGCCUGAGGAGCUGAAUGUUCCAGGCUUUCAGCGUUCGGCCAAUCAAAAUUUGCCACAUCACCAUGACGAUGAUGUGGACCUGGAGCAGCUGGUGAAUGACAUGAACUCCUCCAUGGAGAGUGUGUACUCUACACAGGCAGACACGGCACUGCUCCUGUACAACGGCCACGUGCAUGCUCCACACCACCACCACCACCACAUGCACCCUGCCUACCCGGGACACGGCCAGGCCCACCGUCGUCACACCCCGCCCCUGCUCGCUUCCUCCCCCUCCAGGGAGAGGCUGCGCCACUCUCAGCCCAUGCACAUCCAGGCCGUCAGGUGCCUGCAGGAAGAGCAGCAGCUGCGUCCAGCCUCCCUGCCGGCCAUCCCCAACCCUUUCCCUGAGCUCUGCAGCCCAGCAGGCUCCCCCGUUCUCAGCCCCAUACAGACCACUGACAACCACAUAGUGAAGGUGUGGAGCGAGGAUGGCGCCGGUAAAGUGGUGGAGAUCCCAGCAGACAUGACGGCCAGAGACGUCUGUCAGCUCCUGGUCUACAAGAGCCACUGUCUGGACGACAACGCCUGGACACUGGUGGAGCACCACCCCAUCCUUGGCCUUGAAAGAUGUCUGGAGGACCACGAGCUGGUGGUUCAGGUUCAAGCCUCCAUGAGCAGCGACAGUAAAUUCCUCUUCAGGAAGAACUAUGCCAAAUAUGAAUUCUUCAGGAACCCCCUGAACUUUUUUCCAGAGCAGAUGGUGGCUUGGUGUCAGGAGUCUGAUGGCUCAAUCCCUCAGUCACAGCUCUUACAGAACUUUCUGAACUCCAGCAGUUGUCCAGAAAUCCAGGGCUAUCUGUACUUGAAGGAGCCUGGACGCAAGUCCUGGAAGAAACUCUACAUGUUUCUGCGACGUUCUGGGCUCUACUUCUCUACUAAAGGAACAUCCAAGGAGCCCCGACACUUGCAGCUGCUCUCUGAUCUGGAGGACAGUAACAUCUUCACCAUCAUCACGGGCAGAAAACUCCACAACGCUCCCACAGACUACCAGUUCUGCAUCAAGCCCAGUAAAGCGAGGAGUGACUGUAAGGAGCUAAAGAUGCUGUGUGCCGAGGACGAACAGAGCAGGACCUGCUGGAUGACUGCCUUCAGACUGCUCAAAUAUGGGAUAGUACUGUAUCAGAGCUACAACGUUCCCCAGCAGAGGAAGUCUAACCUCUCGCCUUUCUCGGCGCCUGUGCGGAGUGUAUCUGAGAAUUCCCUGGUCGCCAUGGACUUCUCCGGACGGACAGGCCGCGUCAUUGACAACCCCGUCGAGGCCCAGAGUGCAGCCCUGGAGGAGGGACAGACCUGGAGGAAACGGAGUCAGCGUAUGAAUGUCCUGGGCAGUCCCAGCCCGCUACACCCAUCCUCUCUGAGCACAGUGAUCCACAGGACACAGGUAUGGUUUCAUGGUCGCAUCAUGAGAGAGGAAGCCCAUAAAAUGAUCAUACAACAAGGCCAAGUAGACGGGUUAUUCCUGUUGCGUGACAGUCAGAGUAAUCCCAAGGCGUUUGUGCUCACCUUGUGCCACCACCAGAAGAUCAAGCACUUCCAGAUCCUACCGUGUGAGGAGGACGGUCAGGUGUUCUUCAGCCUCGACGACGGCGCCACCAAGUUCACCGACCUGAUACACCUGGUGGAGUUUUACCAGCUCAACAGAGGAGUGCUGCCCUGCAAGCUCAAACACCCCUGCACCGCUGUGGCCUUGUGACACUCCACACCCCUAACACCUCUACUCCCUUUUUGCACACCUCUCACCCUGAGAUCCCUACCCCCAUCUGCCCCUCCCUCACCGAUGCAUUGAGGUUGUGGAGAUUUAGAAAAGUAAAGUCAAGUUGUGGGGAUGUGAAUAACUCAGCAGGAGCCUGCGUUGGAGGUUUGAUUUCCCCAAUGGGCCUGUGCUUUUCUCCGCCUGAGCGCUGUUUGGAUGUUUGAAUGGGAAUUGUUCGGACAGUUGAAGCGUUGCAGAUUGUGGAACCAGCAGUCACCCAACUCCUAUGAUAUUGUCAUGGAGACUUGGUUGUUUUGUCAUUGCCGUUUUUUACCCUGGAGACAGAGCGUAUGUUGUGAAAACACAAGACAGCUAAGAUCUGUUCAGCAGGAGUGCUGCAGGUCUCACGAAUGCAUCCCUCACCCAUCAACCCCCCAAUCUCCCUCAUCCUCCAGGCCUGAUAAGCUGUGGUGCCCGCCCCACCCUCGCCCCUUCGCUGCAGAGGUGGGCGGGGAGCGCCACCCUCUGACUUCCUCAUCGAUCAUCAGGGAUGGACGGGAACCUCUAUGGGUCUUAUCAAACGCGAUCCAGGAGUUUUCUCGACCUGUGCAGUCCAGUCUGGAUAAGCUGACCACCCCCUCCUCCCAACACCCGAGUGGACUUAAUGCGGCCUCUCUGCUGUGUCCUGUCCCACCAUCCCCUGGUGCCACCCUGAUCCCUCCACAGAAGCUCAGAGAAAAGUUGGGAGAGAAAAGAGAAGUAAAGGCAAGAUGAGCAGAGCAGUGGCGAGGGUUUGCUGAAAGGACAGAGGAAUGUUUAUCAGGAAGGCUGUAACAAGCCUCUCUUGUAGAGUUGAUUACUUGAUUGUCAUUUUAAUGCUGUUUUAUUACUGUUGAUUCAAUGCAGAACUAGUUUUGCACUCCCGGGCGGACAGACGACAGCUGUUCUCUCUAGCUAAAUGAAGCUGCCUGCUCUCAGUUCGUCGUCCUCCUCCUCCUCACCCCCCUCCUGAAAUGCAUGCAUGUGAAUUUCCACCAGUUCUGAUUGGAUUACAGUGGCGUGGGAGCAAAGACAGUCACGGGUGAUUAUGCAGUGCCUUUCAGACAGGUUUGGGAACAUCUUGGACCUCCGUGUGGCUUGAACCAACAUGACCACGCUUUGGUAAAAACGAAUGCUCUUGAAGCUGCUGCAGCGUCUCAAGACCAUGAGGAAGAGGAGGAAGACUGUUAAAUAGACUCCUGAAAAGUGUGUCCACCCCAGAGAUUCUACCAUUUCAGUCAUUUUUUUAAAUUGAAGGGGUUAAAUUUGUUGGUGAAUUUGUCUUUGAAUGUCAUUUUCUUUUCCCAAAUCUGUUCUGAGCUCACUGCUUGCACAUUUUAAUUAUAUUGAUUUGAUAUUGAUGGGUUGGAGCUGUCAUGUUCAGAUUCUGACCACUGUUCCCUCUCUCCAGAAAAGACAAAUCAACAGAAGCACUCCCGUAACGUUUAGUUUUUUCUUUGUUUUAAUAUGGAAUUGAACAAAUGACUUGAAAUGUGAACUCAGUUGACUGUGCAUCAACACACAGUCGAAUGAGAUUCACUCGCCUUAAGUGAAAAUUGUGAGCCUUGUGUAUGAAAUCUAAGCUAUAUCAAAAUGCACAUACAGUAACACAUUUCAGAUUUUAAGAGGAUGGAGUAACAUCAAGAGUUUAAGAUAAUUUUAAAUGAAUAGUUUAACAUUUUUGGAAAUACUCCUAUUCACUUUUUAGUCAAGAGUUAGAUGGGAAGAUCAAUACCACUCCAAUGUCUAUACGCUUAAUAUGAAGCCAAAGCCAGCAGCCAGUUAGCUUAGCUUAGCAUAAAGAAUGGAAACAGGGUAAACAGCCAGCCUGGCUCUUUCCAAAGGUAACAAAAUCCAUCUACCAGCACCUUUAAUGCUCACUAAUUAACACAUUAUAUCUUGUCAAAAAUGACAAUUUGUGUUUUUUUGUGUUUGACGGGCGCAGUGACUUCAUAGCUAAGCUAACCAGCUGCUGGCUGUACAGUAGCUUCAUAUUUAGGGUACAAACCACAAUGGAUAUAAGUCUUGGACUAUUAUGUUAUCCUUGAAAUUGUUUAGGUAUGUGUGACCUUUCUCUCAUUGUGUAAACUAAACUAAAGACAUGACAGUGGUAUCAAUCUUCUCAUCAGCUCUUGGCAAGAAAGCAAAUAAGUAUAUUUCCCAAAAUAUCAAACUAUUUCUUAAAAGUACAAAUCCACUUGAACACACUUCAGAAAACAGGUACUGGUGAUGCAACCUCGCAUUCCUGGACCUAUUUUCUUGUUGGGUGCUGUAUUUAUCUUAUUUCUGCAGAUAACUGGCUAAUAUGUAACAUCAUGUCCAGAUAUUUCCAACAUGAGAGUUUGCUAGCAUCAAUGGUGAACAUCAAUUUCUGGUGUCAGUCCCUCACAAUUUAACAGUAAGGACUUGUUUUUUUGCAACAAUCAUACAAGGAUAAAUUCCUGAUAAUAGAGGUAGAGGAAGCCAUUUCCACACCAGUAGUAGCCUCAGUAGCCCAGAAUGCCUUGCAGCCAUUUGUUGUGUUGUCAGUAAAGUGCUAUACCAGUUUUCAUGAAUUAUUUUAGAGCUAAAAUGAUUAAUUGAUUAAUCACAGAAAAUUAAGUGGAUAAUCAAUAACUGAUUUUUAAGCAAAAAUGUCAUGUUUCCAGCUUUUCAAAUGUGAGCAUUUGCAACUUUUCCUUGUCUUAAAGUAAACUUAACAUCUGUGGGGUUUGGACUGUUGGUCAGACAAAAAAAGUAAUUUGAAGAUGCCACCUUGGUAUCUAGGAAAUUGUGAUGGACAUUUUUCACAAUUUUCUGACAUUUUGUUGACCAAACAAUUCAUCGAAUAAUCAAGGAAAUUGGCAAAUUUAUCAUAAUUUGGCUAACUAGCUCAAUUUCAUGGUCAUGCCUAUUUCUGGUGGAUGUUGAAAAGCAUUCUGGGAGAUGAAGUGAAAAGGAGACAAGGCAGGUAUACUAGGCAAAGUUCAUCCACCAAAGAGUUGUGACACUUAAUCACUAAGCAAAUCUAACUUAAAGCCAUUAUGGCUUUUUUCUCUAAAUUUGUACCUGACUGCUGUGUCGUCAACCGACAGAAAACUCCUUUUGUCUUUUCCUGCCUUCUCCUACUGUUGUGUGACCAGUGAAUGGAAAGCUGCAAGUGAUAUAACACCUUCUUAGGCUCGCUCUCCAUCCCUCCUGCCCUCACCUGCACCUCCCCUCCAUCCUGUGCCAGAUUCACAGUGAACAGGGUUAGCACGAGGCCAUCAGACCCCCUGCCAGGCUAACUAAACUCUCCUCAAGUACUGUCAUUGACUCACAAGCCACUGCCGCCACCAUUCGACCAAUCACGUGACUGACUCAGCAGCUCUGCGCUCCACCAAUCAGGCUUUUCUAGCCAGCCAGGGCGGACUCUCUCCAGGGAUUGGAUAAUGCUUGAACCCCCUGCCCCCCUUUCCCACCUGUGUCCAGCCUGUAAGCUAUGACCCUGUGGUGAAUAUGUGUGUGUGUGUGUGUCUGUGUGUGUGUGUGUGGAUGGCCAGACUGUUAUAUUCAUUAUUCAGGAUUGCUAAGUGUGCUGGUUAUCAUAACUUGCCUUUUAGAGACCGUAAGAGGAAGGUUGCUUGUCAGUUAGGUAAAGUCAAGCUAAGCCAUGGAUUUAGAGGCUCAGGAGUUUGGCUGGAGGUAUCCCAGAAUUCCCCGUCCUCAGCUGAAGUCAUUUCCUGUCUGUCAGAGAUGGACUCGAAGCCACAUCGCUAUUGGAGCAGCGGGGACGAACAACCGUCCUUUCCUCCUCUCCCUCCAUUUUUAAUCACUGUGCUACAAUGCAAUCCUAUAGACAAGCCCAAGUAUAUGAAUAUACCAGUAUACAGUAUCAUUUGUUUUCUAAGUAUGUGAAGCUAUGGAGAAGACGUAGAUCUAACACUGUACCUAGGUCACAGAUCACUAUGUAUGGGGCGUUAUGCUUUUGCUCAUAACUCCGUGUAAAAUGAAGAAUUUUUUCCUUUUUUUCCAUGAUUUGAUUGUGUGUAUAUUGACAUUAUUGUGUAUUUUCUUUGAUUUGCCACAAAAUUACCUUUUUUUUAUAUAUAUAUAAAAAUAUAUAUACCACAGUAUAUACAGUAUUAAAUUAAGGUGUUUUUUUUUAUUUUAAGAGAUCAAACUGGAUUUUUGGCGUGUGUCAAAUUUCUGAACAUCAGUUGUGUGUAUAAGCUGACAGGCUGACAGUCUUCAACUCUGCCAGCGUCCAAUUCUGAUGCCAUUUUGUUUUAAAACCACAUCUUUUGAAUAUCCCCUCUCUGUCUGUCUGCCACAUCUGAUUCCACUCAUUUACUUUCGGUUUCAAGGCAGUAAAUGUUUGGAUAUUAACCUUACACACACACACACACACACACAGUAGUUUUUAAUCGAGAGCACACACACCAAUGCUUAACCCUUGGGGAUAUUCUUAGCAGCUUUUCUACACCUUUCAUCGCAAGUAGUGCAAUUAUACGCUGUAGCUUAAGAGGGUUUUGUAUUUCACUAUGUCCAUUUACUCUGAUUUUAAGGUGCAUAACAUAGUUUUUUAAAUUCUUUUUCUUAACUAAGCCUAUUCUUGCAGCAGGUGCCUCUUGUUUGUGAAUAGUAUCAAGUCCUUAGUUGCCAUCCGUCCACUCACUGCAUUCAUUUACAGUUAGCUGUAACUGUGAAACAUAAUCCUACUGGAACUAAAUCUUAAUAUCAGGUCAACAUCGCAUACAAGUCCCAUUGACAUUGAUGACUAACAGUGUAGGUGCAAGUGAAACUGACUCACUGUUGGUUGAUUUUUAUUUUGGGGUUGAAGUCAUCAUAAGCUGAAGUCAAAUAAACAUUUCAGGGAAAGAAAAAAAAAGGAGCAAAUGAACCGUAAUUAUUUUUUCAGAAAACCCCACUGUGCUUGCUUCAUUCUGUCUGUACGGCUCUGGAUCUACAUUGUAUCCUGUUCAGGUAUUUUUGUACAAAUAAGGGACUGAUAUAUUCUCUGUUUAUUGGAAAUUAGAAUAAAAGACAACAUUGCUAUAAACCAAAAA